AUGCCCUCCCCAAUAGAGGUCUCAAACCUUACACGAUGGUGCGCUCUCACACUGGAGCCAUAUAGAGAUGAGAUAGGGCAUAUGUGCUCUUCCGCCGUUCAAGCCGCACAUAUGAUUCCCAAGGCCACUGACGAUGAGCAGCGACGUGACUUGGAAAGGAUGUGGGGACUCCCUAAUCUACAUUUGGACGUGCUGGAGCACGACCUCAACCUAAUUCCUCUGCGUGCUGAUUGGCAUCGAGGUCUCGAUAACGGUGACUGGUUUCUCCUCCCUCGUGAAAGCACACUCAAUGCCAUAGGCGCCCACCUGGCCGGGAACUUUGGUAAACCCAAGGCUACAUUUCCGAAGCAGUGUCCAUGGUUCAAAUCCGAUAAGAAGCAUCUUGCCCUCAUUGCCCACCGUUAUCAACUCGUUCCUUGUGGCGAGCGCAGUAUGAACCUUCCGCUGAUUCGUCGCAAAUUCGUUAACGAGGACAAGCGCGACAAACUGGGCAAGAAGGUUUUCGAAACCUUCACCCCUCCGAAUUUCGAUGAUUAUCCCCUCAUACACUCCACUGUUCACCCCUACACCGUCAUCUGGAAGGCUGUUCUAGAAUUCGGAGACCGUGACACGAACUCUCUGCCACGCCAAUUUCGGGCCUCUAUGGCGCAGGCUCAGCUCAUUGUCGCUACGUGGAAGAAGGGCCUUCACAUCGAUGACGAUGCUGUUCCAGAGGCAUUGCCUCCUCCAGGUGCUGAUGCCGCGUCCUCUGCUUCGAAGUCGAGUCGUCGAUGGAUCCGCAACAGAGAGGACAAGACUGGAGCCCAGCAACCUAAUCCCAGCGACCCUCCGUCGGGACGGGGGAACACCGGCCAACAGUACGCUGUUGAUCCUCAUGAAGAGAUACCGUACUCCGAGACUGUGGUUUCAGAGGACGCUGCCACUGCUGUCUCUGAGGAAUCCGAAGACCACACUCGACCAUGCAAUAUUAUGCCCACCGAAGCGCCCGAAGCCAGGCUCGACCAGUGGCGCAAGAAUGUCGUCGUUGUUUCCACGUUGCCUUUGAAGGACGACGACGCCUUGCCCUUAGCUCUCGCGGAUGAUACUGUCCAGAUUCGCGAGUCUUCCCCGUUCGUUAAUUACCAGAAGUACCAGAAGGAAACCCCUGCUCCUCUGCCUGCCGGUGAUUGGGUCGAGUGGCAAGCUGAGUACACUACGCGCGCAGGACUGCAGAAUGGAAGGGCGGCUGGAGACGACAUGGACCAGAACUGAGCAUGGUGUAAUUAUUUUCUGUCUCUGUCGAAUCUUUAAUGGAUGUACAGUAGUAGUUCAUGGCUGUGUUACGCGCGACUAGAAAUCUUAUGCAUCGUUCCCC